AUGGCUUCUUUCAAAAACACUCAUAGCGAUCUCGCGCUUGAGCUCGAACAGUAUAAAGAGCUUAAUAAAGCAGUGUCACACGAUUUUAAUGCAAACAAAGUCAAACUUGCAGAACUUACUGCAACUGUCUCAAGGCUCGAUGCUGAAAAUGGUAACCUGCAAGCGCAGGUCACUAAUCUGCACCGGGAAAAGGAUGAAAAAGACCACGCAACUCUGAACGAUCCGAUCACCGAUAUCGUUGCGCUGAAAGAAUCUGUGGGCUCGUUUGAGACAGAACUGAACCGAAUUCGGGAUAAAGUUACUGAUUCUCAAGAGCCAGACAAAAUCUCGAAUCGAGGCAAAACGUUCGUUAAACAGACAAAAUCCGAUAUCGCUUCCGUACUUGCUAGGAUGGAGGCCUGUGAAGCAGCGUACGAAGGCCUUCACGCUGCCCUAAAGGAGCACCAGCAGGAGUACUCCUCGUUAAAGGCAGAGUGCCACAAACUGCAAAGGGAUCUCAGUGACACGCGUUCGGAGUUGUCGGAUGCGAGCCGGAAACGCGAGGCCCUAGCUAAGGAUAACGAGAGACUGCGGGGUAAAUGUGAGACCUUUGAGAAUCUGCCGAAAGAAUUCAAGGAGGUGAAAAUUGCUUUUGAGCGCAUAAAGGAUACGCGCGACUCGGGUGUGGCCAAGUUGCGCAAUGACGUCAAACAGGUAAAAACGGACGUCAAAAACACCGAGACUAUCUUGAAUGAACUUGACUCUAAAUUCAAAGAUCUGCGCAAAGGGCUUGACGCAGUCAAGUCCAAGGCCUCUGAUACCGAAAGGAAAGUAGCAAACGAAUUGAAGUCCCAAAAGGAUAGCUAUGCUACUCGUACCCGCAAUGAGCAACAUAAGGAUGCCAGCGCACAAACGGUCGCGGGAAACCAGCCAUCCACUCGUGUCAAAGGCACUCAACCUCUCGGUGAUGCAUCAGCGGUCCACCAUUCAGAACGAGCAGCCUUGGCCAGGAGGGCUGAGCAAGGGAUCCUCCCGCCCCAGCAAGUUGAACGAGUGGGGGCCAAACCCCAGCAUAUCGAACGGAUGAUCACCCCCACUACCCAGCAAACUGAACGAGCGGUCCCUCCACCAAAGCAAAUUGAAACAGUCGUCUUCUCCAAUCAGUGCAUGGUAAAGAACAGACCGAACCCGGAUAUCGACUCUGGGGUAGAUAGCUACAGAACGAACGAGCAGGGCUGCGGGGAAUUCACUGGCGUGACCAGAAAACCUCGACGGCGGAGGGCGCCCCUAUUCGUGGGGUUCAUCUCGCCCCGGACCACCGUUGACUCAAUACUUAGGUUCUUAGUUGGUCACAAAGUGAGCGAGCCGCACGUUAGACUCAUGAAAAGCAAAAUUAGAGGCACCCAGUCAGCUAAAGUCAUUGUUGACCUACAGGACAAGGACAUGUUGCUCCAUGAGGACUUCUGGCCAGCCGGUGUCCUCUGUCGGGAGUGGAUGGAUUAG